UUAUCCGUGGAAGAACAAAAUUCAUUCUCUUUCCCAAUAAAUCUGUCUCCAUAUAACACAGCAAGCACAACCCACUCUUUGUCUCUGUGAUACGGUUUUUGCGUAGCAAAAAUGUCGAGCAGCGAAGAGCCUGUGGAGGACAUGAAUGAGGAUUCGUUUCAGAAGGUGAAUCAGAGGUUUAAGGAUCGGUCUAAGAAAGUGGCUCAAACCAAGGAGAUGUUGUCGAAACAAGCGGUUCAGACGAAAGAGAUCCUUUCCAAACAGGCCGUUAAGAUUGCCAAACAGGCCGAGGAACACGAAAGGUUCAUUAACAAGGUGACUCAUCUUUUGGGAGUUCUCGGGUUUGGCGGGUUUUGCUUUCUGUUGGGAGCGAGACCCCAAGCUAUUCGCUACGUAUAUUGCUUGUUUUAUGUAAUCUUUGUUCCUCUCCGGUGGAUAUACUAUCGGUUCAAGAAAUGGCAUUACUAUCUUUUGGAUUUUUGCUACUAUGCCAAUACAAUCUUCUUGGUCGACCUUCUUUUGUAUCCAAGGAAUGAAAAGCUUUUUAUGGUUUGUUUCUCGUUUGCUGAGGGGCCGUUAGCAUGGGCAUUGAUUGUUUGGCGCUGUAGCUUGGUUUUCAGUUCUCUUGACAAAAGUGUUAGUGUCCUUAUACAUCUUUUACCCGGUCUAGUUUUCUUUACCAUUCGAUGGUGGGAUCCAUUGACCUUCGCAGCCAUGCACCCGGAAGGAACUUCUCAGAGAGUUUCUUGGCCGUAUGUAGAAGACAAAUCCCAUCUUUGGACAUGGCUGUUUGUGGUUCCGUUAAUUGCGUAUACCCUAUGGCAGGUUCUCUAUUUUCUCAUUGUCGAUGUCCUGCGUCGACAAAGGCUGUUAAGAGAUCCUGAAGUCAUGACUUCUUACAGGGAACUCUCAAAAAAAGCACAGAAAGCAAACAAUCUUUGGUGGCGCUUAAGUGGUUUGCUUGGGGAUCAAAAUCGCUUGUUCAUGUACAUUCUGCUCCAAGCCAUAUUUACUGUAGCAACCAUGGCACUCGCUGUCCCCAUCUUCUUGUCAUAUAGAUUGCAUGUGAUUUUCCAAAUUCUCAAGGUUUCUGCAUCUGUAUGGAAUGGUGGAAGCUUUCUGCUAGAGGUAAUGCCUAGGCAGGUGAUUCUCAAGGAGCAGAAGAAAUCUGAGUUGCAGCCAACACAACAGCACGAUCAAUCCUCAAAUGUGAUGGAAAACCAUGAAUGCCAAUAACUCUUCUAACUGAGACCGACAAGUCCUGACAGUUGAGUGAUUUCCCAAGUAGUCACAUAGACAAACCAGUCAUACUUGGUAGAACUUACUUUGUUAAUAGUUUUUACGUGUGUUUUUAAUAGUUCAAUGCUAAUGAUUGGUUUGUUAAGUUGGAUCCUGAGGAUGUGAAUAAUUUUCAUUUGCUAUAUAUGCACACCUUUACAGGGAUUGGAUUUUUGUACAA